CUCCUCCCCUCCAUCGACCGCUUCAACCGCCGCUUCCCCCUCCUCCCCGGCAUCUCCCUCCGCCUCAUCCCCUUCCCCUCCGCCGAGUCCGGCCUGCCCCCGGGCGUCGAGAGCGGCCCCGCGCUCGCCUCCGCCGACAUGCGCGCCCGCUUCUUCUCCGUUGCCCUCCCCCUCCUCCGCCGCCCCUUCGACCGCGUCCUCGCCGACCUCCGCCCCGACGCCGUCGUCUCCGACGCCUUCUUCCCCUGGUCCGCCGCCUCCGCCGCCGCCGCCGCCGUCCCCCGCCUCGCCUUCAACGGCACCGGCCUCUUCGCCUGCUGCGCCUCCCACGCCUUCUUCCACCGCCACGACCACCACGCCGCCGCCGACCCCCGCGGCCUCGUCCCCCUCCCCGGCCUCCCCCACCGCGUCGAGAUGCUCCCGACCCAGCUGCCCGACCCCUCCAGGAACCCCGAGCUUUGGAACUUCUCCAAGCUCGCGGCCGAGGCCAACGAGAACAGCUUCGGCGUCGUCGCGAACAGCUUCUACGAGCUCGAGCCCGACUACGCCGAUCACUACCGGAACGCGGUCGGCAUUCGGACCUGGCUCGUCGGGCCCGUGUCGCUCUGUUGGCUGGACAGCAAAUCCCCCGGCUCCGUCGUCUACGUGUGCUUCGGCACGCUGUCGCACUUCUCGAACGCGCAGUUGAGGGAGAUCGCGGCCGGUCUCGAAGCCUCGGGGCGGGAGUUCAUCUGGGUAGUGAAGGACGCCGACCAACAGGGACCGGAUUGGCUCCCGGAGGGGUUCGAGGAGCGAAUUGAGCGAACGGGGAAGGGGCUAAUUAUAAAAGGGUGGGCGCCGCAGAUACUGAUACUGAACCACAGAGCCGUGGGGGGGUUCGUGACGCACUGCGGGUGGAACUCGACGCUGGAGAGCGUGAGCGCCGGGGUGCCGAUGAUCACGUGGCCGCUCUACGCCGACCAGUUCUUCAACGAGAAGCUGAUCGUGGAGGUGCAGAGGAUCGGCGUCGGCGUGGGGUCGAAGCAGUUCGCGUCGAAUCUGGAGGAGAGGGAGGUGAUCGCGGCGGCGGCCGUGGAGGGGGCGGUGCGGAGGCUGAUGGGGGCGACGGAGGAGGCCGCAGAGAUGCGNCUUCCUUGA